CAAUGCCCAACAGGUGCGCGAUUCAUUCAACGGCGACUGUUGUACUGAACGGACGCGUUCGAAUUCUCGCGUUCGAAAUACGAACUUUCAUGUUCAGAAUUAUUCGAACGUUCUGUGCCGCGAAAAAAUUCACGCAGUGCCAGUGGUAUCCAAUAUUCAGGUUACAUUAAAUUUAAAAAAAAAUUAUAAAUACUUUUUCGGACUCAGUAUCUGUGAAAAAAAAUAAAGAUAUUAAAACGUUAUCUGUGUACAAUCUAGACCGAGCGACGAAUAAUCAGAAGAUGUCUGAAAGCGGAACGCAGAAUUGAAAAUGGACAACAAAAUGGACCCUCCUAACAGAAUCUACCAUAUUUACGAAAUAAGAUGAAAUGCGCCCAAACAAAAAUGAAAACUGAGAAGCUUUUUAAAACUUCUAACAAUGAAUGAGCAGGAUUUCAGCGCUUUAUUCACUGAAAUCGAUUAUAAUUGGGAUGAAAACAGCACGAAGGAUUUUGGUGAUCUUUUUAAUGUAACAGAUGGGAACCGGACUGGGGGAGUGGAGAAGGUGUUAGUUCAUAAUUGGUGGGCACUUAUAGCGAUAGUAUUGGUUGUGUGUACAGCUGCAGGCAAUGUGCUGGUGUGUCUUGCGAUAUACUUGGAGAGAAGGCUCCAGAAUGUUACGAACUAUUUCCUGAUGUCAUUGGCUAUUACUGAUCUGCUGGUCGCAAUGUUGGUGAUGCCGGUUGGGAUACUGACGCUCGUGAGAGGCUACUUCCCGUUGCCGGCUGUGUACUGUCUAACCUGGAUCUGUCUAGACGUACUACUCUGCACAGCUUCUAUCAUGCAUCUUUGCACCAUCAGCGUCGAUAGGUACCUCUCACUACGAUACCCGAUGAGGUUUGGAAGAAACAAGACAAGAAAGAGGGUGACCAUCAAGAUCGUCUUUGUAUGGAUACUAUCGACUGCCAUGAGCCUGCCUUUGAGCCUUAUGUAUUCGAAGAACGAAGAAUCAGUUCUCAUCGACGGAAAUUGCCAAAUACCAGACCCUCUGUACAAAGCUAUUGGGUCCGUCAUCUCGUUCUACAUUCCACUUGGCGUGAUGCUACUCACAUAUGCACUUACUGUGCAGCUGUUGGCACGCCAGAGAAAGGGGCUGGGGCAAGGCUGGGCGGCUGGCUGGCUCGGUGCGAUCCCGAUCGAACGCCGUUGCACCUGGAGGAGGUUCCUCAGUCCUAGAGGAGGAACACCGCAGCAUUCAGCAGCCUCCACGGAGACGGAGUUACCGCCCAUAGAUACCAGAGACCUUUGGCUUCAAGACUCUAGCGAGCCCGCGCCGUCAGCAAUGAGCGCACUGCAACAUUUCGGAGCAGAGAUGUUGCGCCUGUCUCGAGGCUUGGAAGCUUCUGCGGCCGCUAAGCCAACGUACAGAGGGACAAACAUAUGUGAACGAGGAGGGAUGCUCACUCCUGGAUCUCUGAGUGUCUCUUCAAGCUCUCCAUCAUCAAUGCUCCAAGACAAACGUCGUCUGUCAUCUGCAGGUGAUCCAAACACACCUUUGAAUAGACCUCGAAGUGCAUCUGAUGAUGAAACCAAUGACGGCUUACUAGCCCCUGUUACAUUAACAACGAAGUCACGAAGUUCCGAAGAUGGACUGUUACUACCGCCUCCUUGCACUUGUCCAUACUUUGGCACAGAUUCCACUCCACCUAGAAGACAAAAUACAGAAGUUAUAAUAGUACCGGGAGGAGAUAUUAACGGAUGCAAUGGAUACCCUCGAAAUGGUAUGAAAGGAGACGAGCCUUCAACUCCUUUCUUUAGAAGAUCCAGUCGAGGGGCAUCUUCUAUGGUAACUUGGGAGGAAGCGCGAAGAUUUAGGAGAGGUUCAAGUUUUGGUGGUGCGAGAACAACACUGUCAACCCCAGUAAGAACCAUAAGAAACCAAAGAUCUAUUAACAAUCGAUCCCAACCGCAAACGGCGAAUCCCACUCCACAACGCCAACUACCAAGAACUCAUCAUUCCAGAAACUCGAGUGUGAUUUCUAGAAACUCCUCGCGCCACGGAAGAAUAUUACGCCUAGAACAGAAGGCUACUAAAGUACUUGGAGUUGUGUUCUUCACGUUUGUCGUUCUUUGGGCACCAUUUUUCAUCCUGAACAUGGUACCAGCUGUGUGUCCAGAAUGUGAGAGAAGAAUUUCCAGUUGGGUUUUCGAUUUUGUGUUGUGGUUAGGUUACGCGAGUUCGAUGGUUAAUCCUAUAUUCUAUACGAUAUUCAAUAAGGUGUUUAGGCAAGCCUUCAAGAAAGUGCUAUCGUGCGAGUAUUGCACGGCGAGUAGGUAGCCAGCACCCUGGGAGCGCGUCCGGCCGGCCUCUGACCCUGGCCUUGGUGCGCUCUCAGUUAACAGAAACGUUCGAUCUCAAUUCGUAUGAACUUAAUAAAAAGCUUUAAUUAAAUACGCUUUUAGCUUAGUACUUCAGUUCGUGGCUUCAUAAGAUGAGGUCUAGUUUUUAUUCCAGCAAGAAUUCGUUACGCAACGGGUAUUUGUAUUUUCAAUUGUGAGUUUUAUUUUACACAAAUCUAGUCAUUUAAAAAGGGUAUUAAUGAGGGUAAGGGUAUUUAUAAGUUAUUUAGGUACUUUUUACACUAAAAAGUUCAUUCGGUGAAGACAGGUCAAUGCCGAAGCAAGUCCAUACCGAACGAAUAUUUGGCUCGACAUGAGGUUGUCAGGCAAGUC